GUGUCACUACUGUUCUCACCAUGACCACCUUGAGCAUCAGUGCCAGAAACUCCUUACCUAAAGUGGCAUACGCGACGGCCAUGGACUGGUUCAUAGCCGUCUGUUAUGCCUUUGUAUUUUCUGCACUGAUUGAAUUCGCCACCGUCAACUACUUCACCAAGAGGAGUUGGGCCUGGGAAGGCAAGAAGGUGCCAGAGGCCCUGGAGAUGAAGAAGAAAACACCAGCAGCCCCAACAAAAAAAACAAGCACCACCUUCAACAUCGUGGGGACCACCUAUCCUAUCAACCUGGCCAAGGACACUGAGUUUUCCACCAUCUCCAAGGGUGCUGCACCCAGUGCCUCCUCCACUCCGACAAUCAUUGCUUCACCCAAGGCCACCUAUGUGCAGGACAGCCCAACUGAGACCAAGACCUACAACAGUGUCAGCAAGGUUGACAAAAUUUCCCGCAUAAUCUUCCCUGUGCUCUUUGCAAUAUUCAAUCUGGUCUAUUGGGCCACAUAUGUAAAUCGGGAAUCAGCUAUCAAGGGCAUGAUCCGCAAACAGUAA